AUGGAUAACAAGAAACUUGUGGAAGUGGGUACGUGUUUGAACAAGGACAAGAAGAAAGCUGUUGAAGUGGGAACGACUUUGAACAUGGAAAAGAACAAAGGUGUUGAAGUCGGAACGUCUUUGAACUUGGAUAAGAAGAAAGUUGUUUGUCGUCCCUAUGACAACAUCAAAGAUGUGAAUGAAUCCAAAGAUCUUUGGACUUUUGCUGUUAGGAUUGCAGAUGCUUGGUCUGUUAUGGGUAAAUCCAGACAAGAGCAUUUCGAUAUGGUCGUGGUUGAUAAGCAGAUCAUUCUACUGUCAAAUAGUAGUGACAGUGUUCAAAUUACAGUUCCAACUGAUGAACUUGAUGAAUGGAAAGGAAAGUUGGUGAAGAAUAAGACUUAUGAGAUGAUGAACUUUAAGGUCCUUAAAAAUGAUAUUGUUUUGAAGGCAUGCACUCAUCCAUACAGGCUUGCUGUCACCGGUGCAACCAUUAUCAAAGAAGUUGAUUUUCCUCAAAUCCCUAUACUCCCUAUGAGGUUCAAAGACUUCGGUGAAAUAUUGGCUAGAAAGUACCGUACUGAUUUGCUCACAGAUGUCAUUGGAUGUUUCCAUUCAGUCACCAAUACAAAUCAGAAUAAUGGCAGACUCAAAUCAAUGAAUUUUCUUCUUAAGGAUACUAGUGGUCACUUGAUCCACGUAUGUAUGUGGGAUGAUUUUGCAAAGCAUUUCAUGGAUUCAUUCUCUAAGGUCAAUGAUGACAGGGUCUUCGUUGUUGUGAAAUAUGGGAGGAUCAAGCCUGCUCAUGGAGUUUACCCGUUAUGUGUUACAAACACAUCGUCUAGUACUGAGCUCAUUGUUAAUGCUGAUAUUCCUGAAAUCAAUGAAUUUAAAGCGAGAUUAGGAACAACUUGA